AUGGAAGCCAAGAAGAAAGCACCCUGUCCUGGACUUGGCUUGUUUUACACAGUGUUGUCUGCCUUCCUUUUCUCAGUGGCCUCUUUAUUUGUUAAAAAAGUGCAAGACGUCCAUGCUGUAGAGAUCAGUGCAUUUCGAUGUGUGUUCCAAAUGCUAGUUAUUAUUCCUUGCUUAAUAUACAGAAAAACUGGGUUCAUAGGUCCCAAAGGUCAACGACUUUUCCUUCUUCUCAGAGGGGUCUUUGGUUCCAGUGCCAUGAUCCUUAUGUACUAUGCUUUCCAGACGACGUCCCUCGCAGAUGCCACAGUUAUUGCAUUUAGCUGUCCAGUGUUUACAUCAAUAUUUGCUUGGAUAUUUCUCAAGGAAAAGUAUAGCCUUUGGGAUGCUUUCUUCACAUUGUUCGCGUUCGUUGGAGUGAUCCUUAUCGUGAGACCGCCAUUUUUAUUUGGCUCCGACACUUCAGGCAUGAGAGAAAGCUAUUCAGAGCACAUUAAGGGAACAUUUGCUGCAAUUGGACAUGCUGUGCUAGCUGCAAUGACUCUGGUUAUCCUAAGAAAAAUGGGAAAAUCUGUGGACUACUUUCUGAGCAUUUGGUAUUACGUCAUACUUGGCCUUCCUGAAUGCAUCAUCAUCCUCUUUGUCAUAGGAGAAUGGAGUCUCCCGUAUUGCGGGCUGGAUAGGCUGUUUCUCAUACUCAUUGGACUCUUGGGUUUAGGGGGUCAGAUAUUUAUCACUAAAGCGGUUCAAAUAGAAAAAGCGGGGCUCGUAGCAAUAAUGAAGACAAUGGAUAUAGUCUUUGCUUUUAUCUUCCAGAUUGCUUUCUUUGAUAAUAUGCCGACCUGGUGGACGGUGGGUGGGGCUCUCUGUGUAGUCGCCAGUACUACCGGAGCAACCAUUCGUAGGUGGGUCCAGAGUUCCAAGUGAAAUGUCCCUGUUGAAAUCUAUAUUUUUUUUCAAGUAUGCCAUCACCCAGCUUAGACAUCUUACACACCUACACACAUACCUGGAAAAUCUGCAUUAUUCAUCGGUUAUAUUUAAUAAAUUUCAUAAAUAAAGUACCAUUUUUGAAUAUGGUAUCUUUUUAAUUAAGAGUAGCUAGUCUAGCCUAGCAAUUUUUGGAUAGCUUUUAUUUUUGCUUUGGCUUCUUGGGGUCGGGGUGUCAUUUGAGAAGAUAGCUCAUUUGAGGAAUUUCAGAAAUUUUUAUGAGUACAAUUUUUAAAACUUUAUUUUUGACACAGGAUAUGGAUGGGAAAUACUCUAUUUUAGCGGUAUAGAUAAGAAGCUUAAUGUUGACAAUGCUGCUAUAAUUAGUACUGUGUUAAUCCUUCAUUUGCAGUGUGAUUGCAUUUAGGAUGCCAAAGCUGAAACUUGGUACAGGUGCCUAUUUCCCGAUAGGAAUAUAAGUGAACCAGCCUUAUUUUCAAGGAUCUCCCAGAUGGUCAUUACACUUUUAACUCUUAUUUGUGCCUUUUUGUUUUGAGGCUGGAAUUUUUAUAUGUCCUCUCUGAACAGAGCCUUUAGCUCGCCACACGUGGUUAGCAGUUCUCUCUCUCUGUCUGUUAGUAACUCUGGCUAUCAUUUUGAAGUUUUAAUGGUCUCCUGUUUUAUUGAGAUUGCACUAUUUUUUUUCUCACAUUCUAAGAUUUCCAAUCUUAAAAUCAUGAGAGAGAAAUCUUGGCGUGACUAAUGUGCACAUUCCCAUCCUGAGGUGUUUACAUUUGAGAUGUGAUGAUUUUCUACAAAUUCACUUUGAAUUCAUAGUGUGAUGCCAAAUACAGUUUCCUCAGGAUUGUUCUAGGUUAGGCCAUAUCAAAUUGCCCAGAUUGUACCAUUUUCAUUGACAAAAGCUCUAGCAGGUAGCCCCUUUAAAGUUCAGGUCUGUUAUUAAACUUACUCUUACAGUCUUCUUCCAUUUUGGAACAAUACAUUAUAACAUGAAAAAUGUAAAGACCUAUUAAUCCACAGUAGAUUGACUUUCACUGUUUCUUGCAUAUAUAACACAAAUCACAAAUAAAUGCUAGUCUUUGACUGACCGGCUGUACCACAAGACUAGUGUGAACUCAGACAGUAGACUCUAACUGUGGAGCAUCAGCAGGCCCCUACUCUCCUGUGAAAGAGGCACGUUUGGGAGAUUGGUCAGGGUGUUGAGAGUACAUGACCAUGCGUCUGUCCCUCUGGAUGCCUUUAUGGUAAGGCCAUAGUGGCUGCCACAUCUUACUCUGCCAGACAGCCUCUAUUGUUAUCUUCAGCUGCAGAGUUGGGGGGCUGUCUGUUCUUUCCCAGUCUCCCACAGUUCUUCCAAAGGCAGGAACCGGGCUCCUGGGACUUAGAUUCUGUUAAGAGGAUCUCCUCCAGUAGUUCCAAAGAGGAACUUUAAAUGCUUUUUUUAAAGUACUUUCCAUCUGACAUCCUAGAUGAUACUUGUUUAGCUGAGUCAUCUAAAUCACACUUGACCUGACUCAUACUCUUGGAACUUAGAUUUGCAACCAUGUCAUUCUAUCAGCAUCUCAGAAAACACAGUCAACAGCCUUUUUGAGCUCAGAGCUGUCUUAGAGAUCAUCCUGUGGGGGCCAAGCUCCAUAAACAGGGAUGACAGGAUGGAGACCCGCAGUAGCUGGGUUUCCGUGGAGGCAGCCUCUUCUCAGUUCCACCUAUGGAAAGUCAGACACUCCUGGAAACACCGACUAACUUACAAAAUAGAGGAGUCUCUGGUACUGUGGAAGACAAAACCAUUUGGAAACAUGUUUCAUUUUUGGCUGUAUCUUAAGUACUUGAAUGUCACAAUAUGUGGCUGACAUUGUUCUUAUCCCAACCUUUACAGGGUAUGAUUUUUAAACAAUGUUCAAGUGGUAUACAAGGCUAUGUAUUGUAACAAGUAUGGGGGGCUAUGUAUUUUCCAAAGAUUGUAGUUUCUAUAUCUUGCAAAGGAAAAUAUUUUUCCUAACUUGUUUUUAUUUUGUAAGUAAUAAAAUUAUAAAAGAAAGUGA